GUCACGUCAUAAACUUCCAUCUGCGAGAUAUGCCCAACCCUGCUGGUAUGUAUGCACCGUUUCGUCCAAAGACGAUAGACUAAAGUAGAGGCUCAGAUCUCGGGGUUCAGGCGACCCCAAGCCAAAACUAGUAUCACCCCAAUCGAGGGAUGGCGCCACGGUCGAAUCUGACGGCUGGGCGAGCCGCCUGUGCCGGUAACUCGGCAGUAGCAGUCCCUCAUCGUAUUUGCAUGGUGUGUGAAUAUUAAUUUUAAAAGAGCUAUAAACAAAUUAGAAAAAAAUGUCGAGUUUUGCUAAAAAUCAGUUGUUAAAAUACGGCUGGACGGAAGGCAAAGGUCUUGGUAAAAAUGAGAAUGGUAUAGUUGAUGCACUCAAACCGAAAUUGAAGUUCGGCACAACUGGAAUUGGCCAUGACGGUGCUGAAUACAACUGGUGGGAACAUGUAUACAACGAAGCCUCCGCCAAUUUGGAAGUGAAAUCAGAUUCAACAAAAGUAAAUUUAACAAUAAAUAAGGAAGAUGCAGUGACAAUAGCGACGAGUAAAUGGAAUCUCACCUCCAGCAUGAUAAAGAAAAAUAAUAAUCUCCAUUUUGGAAAUUUCAUCAAAACAUCAACCCUUCAUGAUGGGGAGAACACCGAGGACGAAGAGUACUCGAGUAAUAAAAUCCACAUGACAGAAAAGAGUGAAAUGCUUUCAGUUUUAACAGAUGAAGAACUAUUCAAAGCCUGUGGAGGGCGAACUGCCCACAAAGGUGCAAGGCACGGAAUAAAAUUAUCUGGAAAACUCGCGAGAAUUGAAAGACAGGAACAAGAACUUCUUGCUAAACAGAACCAACCAUCAACGUCUUUCGAUUGGGUAACAGUUGAAGUGAAAAGGAAAAAAAAGAGGAAACAUGAGAAAAUGGAUUACGAAGUUUUAGGUCGAGAUAAUGAGGGGAAUCUGGCUAUCACACUGGAAGCUGAAGAAUCUCCAAGAGACUCGAUAAGUGAGGAUUUAUCAGAUUCUCCUAAAUUGAUAUCCAAGAAAUCCAGGCUAAAAGACAAGAGAAAACUUGAAGAUUUGACGCAUAAAAUGUUAAUCUCUCUUGAUUUAUCUGAAGAUUCUGGAAUGCCUGAAGGGAAAAAACGAAGAAAGAAACAUAAAAAAUGUGAAAGAGAAGCUGAGGAACCCGACCGUAAACGUAAAAAGAAAAUAUCACCAGAAGAAGAGACGGCAGAUGACAAUAAUAUUCCUCACCCUUUGGUUGGAGAUUUCGGUAUAGUGGUCGAAGAUCCUGGAUGUAACGAUGACGGAUUCGUAUCUGGAGAUGAUUUGACACUCCCUCCAGAGAAAACUUCUAAAGAAGCUAAAAGAUUGAAUCAAAAGAUACAGAAGAGGAAAAGGAAGAAAAUGGCUCGUCUGCAGAAGAUAAAAUUAGAGAAGUUGUCUGAAUCCCUGAAAAGUCUCGACUUGACGUCCAGUACUGUGGUCACUAACACAGAAAAAAUUAAGAAAAAAAAAAUGAAAACUAAAACUUGAACCUAGGAGGAGAGAUGCUUAUUAAGUUGCAGAAGCAUUAAAUUAAUAGAAAAAGUUUUCAAAGAUUUUGUUGUGCGAAUGAUUUAAUGAUACGACGGAUGUACAUAAUUCAAUAAAUUCAUUUUAAGUUUUGGUGAACGAAUAUUU